CGUUUGACGGCAAACAAGAGAGCACGGCUGCGCCCGAAACCACAUACUUAUCUACUAUAUAGUAGGCGAGCUUUGUUGAAAGGCUUCCCAACAGAUUCGGUUUCCUUCAGUCUGACACACACACACACACACACAGACACAGACACGCGCGCGCGGGUAUCACACUAAGCUUUAAGCAUGCGUAUUUUUGUCAGACACCGCUGCGAAUAUGGGCGGGAAAAGGAUAUGACAUCAAUAUUGUUUAAAAUAUUUAUUUCAGUGUUAAAAUAUACCAUAUCCCUGUAUGCAUCUUUUUUAUUUUAGAUUCUUUUAAAGCUGGGUUCUAUAAAAACGGAAUGGUGAGACGAUAUAAUCAGUGCUCCCUCCAUCUUGGAUUUUCUAAAGAGGUCAGUCCGUGAUGUGUCGGAUCUUUUAUUGGUCAACGUCUUCACGUGAUACAAAUUGUCAGGUCAGAGUUCACCAAACUUGACCUUUAGAACAUAGUGAAUGCGGUUCCAACCCACACGACCCCCCCCCCCCCAAAGAAUGCGGGGUUACGCCGAUGUGCUUAGCCAUAUUUGCUUAGUCAUUAUUGCCAUAUUAUUACAGCACUUCUCGGAGAUACACACUGCAGUAUUUAUUAUCCUGUGUAAAGAUGGAUGAGUAUGACAUUAUCGAUGCUGCUGAAAUUGAAGAAAUUAAAAGGUCACUAGCCACUGAAGAUCUGCCAUCAGCUGUUGACAAGAUUAAGGAUUAUUUUGCACAACAAGAUCGUGUGGAACUGAACAUUGCUGUAACAGGAGAAUCUGGAUCUGGAAAAUCAACAUUUAUUAAUGCCUUCAGGGGUUUAGGGGAUGAGGAUGAAGGCUCUGCAGAAACUGGUCCUGUAGAGACCACUACAGAGCCUACUGCUUAUCCUUACCCAAAAUUCCCAAACGUCAAAUUGUGGGAUCUCCCUGGUAUUGGAACCCCCAGAUUCAAAGCUGAUGAAUAUCUCAAACAGGUUCAAUUUGAACAAUAUGAUUUUUUCAUCAUCAUAGCAUCAGAUCGUUUCAGAGAAUGCCACGCCAGUCUGGCAGCAGAGAUACUAAAAAUGGAAAAGAAGUUUUAUUUUGUUCGCUCAAAGAUUGACAACAACAUUGAGGCUGAAAAAAGAAAGAAGACAUUUAACAAAGACAAGACACUGGAUACAAUCCGAGACAACUGCAUUAAAGGUCUAGAAGAGAUUGGUCUAAAGUCUCCUGCAGUCUUCCUGAUGUCUUGCUUCGAACUCAGUCUCUAUGAUUUCAACUGUCUUGAGGAGACCAUGGAGAGGGAACUUCCCCAGCACAAGAGAGAUGUACUGAUGCUGGCGCUUCCAAACAUCACUCUGGAGAUCAACAAAAGGAAAAAGAAGGCACUGCAGAGCAACAUAUGGAAGUUGGCUCUGCUCUCUGCCUCGAUUGCAGCUGUGCCAAUACCUGUUGUAAAUGCAGCUGCAUCAAUCAGUGCAGAUGUAGCCAUCUUGGUGACAGAGCUUAAGAAAUAUUACACUGCCUUCAGUUUGGACCCAGAUUCCUUACAGAAGCUUUCUGAGAGAUCAGGGAAGUCAGUAGAUGAGCUAAAGGCUGUCCUGAAAUCUCCUCUAAAUCAAGAAAUAACCAACGAUGUGGUUAUUAGAUUGCUGACAAGUUCAAGUCUUUUAGCCGUAGAAUCAGCAGCAGAAUACUGGUUGGGUUUAAUUCCUGUUGUGGGAUCUCUAACAGCUGGACCACUGUCCUUUGCUACCGUUUACUACAUACUGCAGCGUUGUCUUAAUGAGCUCACUGAAGAUGCCCGCAAUGUGCUCAUGGUUGCUUUGCAAACACCAGUAUAAAUAUGUUUAAAAAAUAAUAAUAUGCCAUUCAACCUCCCCAUAUAUUCUUAUUGUAAUGAAGUAAAUGCCAUUUAGACAUCAUGAUCAUUUAAAUAAGUUGAUUUCUAAUUAUGACUAUUUCUUAAUUUUAAUCUAUCGUAUUUUAUUUACUGUUUUUACAGUUUGUGGUGUCACAUACGAAUCAACUUAAUUAAAUACAGUUUAUAAUUUAGGUAUGUUGUUGUCUGACCAGUUUGAGAAAUGCUGUUUAUGAUUGCUCAUUACAUUUUUUUUAAAUUUUUUUUUUAUGAUUUAUGAUAUCGAUGCUAAGAGUGUACCGGAAAGUAACCAGAGUAAAUAAUUAUCCUGGGUAGAAAAGAAUACAGAAACAAAUACAACUACCUGUUGUAUCAUUGUAACCAUGAUAACAAUGUUUUCUGCAGGUCACUAAUCAAAACAAUACAAUUAUUUAAAUUAAAACAAUAAAAUUAUAUAAGGUGCUUUUUACCAUACAAAUUGUUUUGGAGCUAACAUUCUAAUGACAUGAAAUUUCCAACUGAAAAUUUCAUCUAAUGAAAGAAUGAAUGAAUGGCUUGCGUUUUAUAGCGCCCAUGCAGCAAUAAUCUGCUCAAAUCAGGUGUUUGGUAAUGUCAAACUUUUUCACAUUUCAACACAUAUUGUGAGUGUGGGGCAUUAUUUAGUUUUUGUCAUAGAAAAAUUACACAUUUUUUAUCUUAAUAUUAACACUUGCGAGUGUUCAGCAGUCUGAGCACCUUUCAGGGUAGUCCUAAAGUGAUUCCUGCUCUUCAGAAUAUUCCUUGGUUGGAAGUUCAUGGCAGGCAUAUGCGCACACACACACACACACACACAUACACAAAAAAAAAACAAGCAGAUAUCCAUGUGUUUCACACCACACCUGGCUGCUAUCCAGGGUUCAUAUAACCACAUGCUUAUGUAAUUUACUUUCUAAUAAACUAUCAACUCUGUGUAUGUAAAAGGCAAAGAGUUCAUUUUAAUGACAUAUUGGUAAACUGUUUUCAUGGGCACAAAAAUUAAGCUUAUCCAGUUUCUUCCUAUCUAAAAACAUAUUGGUAGUUGGUUGGGCUACUAAAUACACAUCCAACGUGUACUCCUGCAUCAUGCUCAGUGUUCUCGGGAUAGUCUCCAGAUCUACUGUGACCCUGACCACGAUGAAGAGGUUACUGAAGAUGAAUGCAUGAAUGAAAGCAGUAAUUAACACCUCAUGGCCAUGAAUAUCAGUAUAAACUUUAUCUCAAAAGAAUUAUCACUUUUGCAUCACUUCCUCUGGUUAGCAUUGCCAAAAGUAACAUAGAUACAAACACUGCAAUUACUUCAGUGGAGGUUUUCUAGUUUGGCAUGAUACAAUGUGCAUAAAUUUCAUUUCAGUCAAAAUGUGUACACAUUCAAACAUACCACUCAUCUUUUAUGAAUUAAGUAUUUUAGAUGAUGUGGUCUGAUUAAGCUCUUGUGCAUGGUUUAUGUUAUGAAUGGAAGGUAAUUCCAGUGUGAUUUCCUGCAUAAUCAUCAGAAUGAAGUGACCUUUACCUCUGGCAGGGAACUGUCAGCACAGGCAUUGGAAGACUUGCAAAGUCAGCUAGCUUCAGGACCUCAACUCCUGGCUAAUCAGGUGGAGAGUCCUGAUCCAGGUCUCUAUCA